AUGGAUACAGCAAUGGGGGCUUUGCUUGCUCAAUACCUAGAGGAGUCUAGGAAGGAGAAUGCAAUUUACUACAUUAGCAAGAAGAUGUUGGCUUAUGAAGAGAAGUAUUCACCAUUUGAGAAGACAUGUGUAUCACUUGUAUGGGCAACCCGAAAACUCAGACUUUAUAUGCUUGUGUUCAAGGUCUUAUUGAUUGCAAGAAUGGACCAAUUGAAAUAUCUAAUGGAGAAACCUGUGCAAGAUGGGAAGAUAGCUAAAUGGGUUUUGCUUCUAUUAGAAUUUGAUAUUAAAUAUGUGACUUAUAAGUUUGUGAAGGGGAUAGCAAUUGCUAAUCAUUUAGCCCAUUGUUCACCUAAAGAAGCUGAAGAAAUCCAAGGAGACUUUCCGGAUGAGGAUAUCAUGGGGAUUGAAGUAGAAUCAUGGAAGAUUUUGAUAGAGCAAUUAAUCAAAAUGGAAGCGGCAUUGGAACUCCGAAUUUCUCCAAAAGGGAAACACAUCCCAUUCUUUGAUAGGCUUAACUUUCCUACCACUAAUAAUGCCACUGAAUAUGAAGUUUGCAUUAUGGGCUUACAAGCAGCCCUAGGUCUUGGAGUGAAAGAGUUGGAAGUAUACGAUGACUUAGCCUUGAUAAUUUCUCAAAUUCACAAUAGAUGGAAGAUCAAAGAAGAAAGGCUAAUGUCUUAUCAUGAAUGUCUUCAGAAGUAG